GCACGCACGAACGCGCCAUGCAUUUUGUAACUUAUGCGCAUGCCUCGUGGCUGCGCCGAUAGAUGGCGCCGAUUGUCUUUAAGCAAGCGAGAAAGAGGACUCCCGUCGUAGUACAGGCCUCAAACAUAACUUGUUUCGACGGGCGCAAUACGUUGUUUGGCUAUAUUAUUUCGAUGCUAACACGUUACUGUCGACAGUCAUUGUGAAAUGGACUCCGCUGAUCUUUUUAAUUAAAUGCCGAUAGUGUAUUCGUCUGCUACAAAUACAUAUCCGCAGGAGACGGUGACCACGGUGGUGCCUUCAGCGCGGUGGGCCGUCUCAGAGCACCGGCGCGGCCGUGCCUUGCUACAGGGAGCGGACACCGUUGACGGUAUCGAGAGUGUGACGUGGUGCUUCGCCGCCUGCCUCAAGGUGCCCACGUGUCGAGCCUUCAACUACGGCAAGGCGGGCUGUCAGAUGCUGCAGCAGGAGCUCUGCCACCAGGCGGGACUCAAGCUUACCGCGGAGCCCCGUCUUAACUACUACGACUUGCACGAGCGUCCACUGGACGAGCGCAUGGGACCUCUCUGGAAGACUCCAUUCUGCUCCGAAGACGGCUUCUGCUCACCUUCUUGUGAACCACUCUUGCACAUCCCACGCCUGAACGAGGCGUGUGAUCGUGACUUCGAGUGUCAGAUGCGCACGGGGCCGAUGGCGGUGUGCCGGAAGCGAUUGUGCAAAUGCGCCGAGGGUUACUUCAUAGCGAGCAACACGACUUGCGAGAAACUUCCGGUGGAGGGCUACUCACUCUACCCGGGCGCACUGGAAGGCGGGUACUUCCGUCUUGCCACAAACGUGGCCAAUUUCAGCCGGGCCUCGUCCGAGUGCGCCCUCGACGCCGGCGCAGAACUGGCCUACGUGGCCGACGGAGACACCAACCGCUUCCUGCGCGAACUCAUGCGGCGCGCCAAAGUGCGCUCGGCGUUCAUUGGACUCACCGACGAGCAGCAGGAAGGCGUGUGGGUUUGGGUGGCCAACGGCCAGAAGCUGCGUACCACACAGUUCUGGCGUCCUGGUGCUCCGGACAACGCAAACGACGGCGAACACUGUGCCCAGCUGAGCAACGAGAUCGACUUCGGCUGGGACGACGUGACCUGCUCGACGGAGGCGCGCUACUUCUGCCAGCUCCCGCACCCAAACUGACACCUUGGUUGCGAUGGACCGCGCCUUUACUGUAUUAGCCCUCCAUGUCACCCACGAGCGCUACACGACCGUUGUUUUAUAAUAUUUAUUUAUUUUCAAUACUGUAAGCCGAGUCGGGCUUCCACACGAUGAAACAAACAGAUUGCAAUCUUCGUGCAGUGCAAUGUUCACUAUGAAUUGCGUACACAGUGCUCUACAUAACAAAACAGUGGCUAAAUCUUUUAUUCUAAGCAUUAUACUCAAUAAGAAUUGUUUAGUGAAGGCCAGAAUAAACAGUGGUAGUCCAGAGAUUGACGAAAAUUCGCCUGGUGAGUGUGGUUACUCGGUCCAAAUAAGAAAAGCACUCGCCUAUGGUACAAAUGACAAAUGAAACAAACGCAUAGUAAAGCUCCAGGGCCACUCCGGAUCCUUCGUUCGCAAUGAAUUUUUAUUCUUUAUACCAAAGUUCAUUGGGAACACAGGAUCAGUAGCAGGAUAAAAGCCUCUAUAUGUGUUUUCGUUGACCCUUAGGCGAGGGCUUGUUUUGUUUCGACCAAUAAACAGUACCAUUCACUGUGUAAUUGAUUCCGCCAGGUACUUUAUAUCAAUUUCCAGUUCUUUAACUCUUAGGUUCACAGCAUGGUUAAAUAGGGUAGUGCAAUAUCGUAAGCGAUAACACGUGUAAAUGUAUAGUUAUCACUUGAAGUAUUAGUUCCGUCAAAUAAGAAGGUUAAGAGAAUCCAUCGGAGGAUGGUUGCCUAUGUCAAGAGACAGCUUCGUGGUUUAAACAUGCUGAGGUGUUCUUUUAUUUGUAAUGUGAGCGUGGGUGGUAACAACACCACGGUGUCAAGGACGGCACAACGACGAUAGAAAUGACGAUGAUGACACAGAAAAGACGGCCUGGUGGUAACAGCGUGACGGCGAGCCUGGAAGUGCUUCUAGGCACCAGACCUUAGUCGACCUGCAUUGAUGAAUCAGUCAUUCGUAUUUUUGGAUAACUCAGCCAUCGCCGAAUAUUGCGUACUUUCUUGCAAAUCAACUCUGUUUCUCCAUUCUCUCUGCGCUAGCUAUCUAAGGAAUUCAGCUUCACCAAAUUUGGAAAAAAGGAAAAAAAGCU